AUGGGUGAUCGUUCUCCGGAACAUGAGAGGGUUGGUGUGAAUUCCAUCGCGGGGUUACAUUGCAUUGAUCGACUGGGAAUGGAAAUCAUCAUUCAGUUUUGGAUGAGGACAUGGCAUUUUGAAAAUCAUGACGACGAAAAGUCGAGAGCCAGGGACAAAAUGCGGAUAGAUCUCAGCGGGAUCGUCCUCCUGGUAAUGGCAUGGGAUAAAUGUGGCUUGGAUAACUACAUGACUUGCAUCAGUCCCUCUAGCUUCAUCUGCAGAUCAGGAUACGGGAGCACCUUACUCAUUAUGAUUAGUGCGACUUCCUGUAAAAUGCUAUAUUUAGCUUCGCGGUCUCCAACGCCUUUCCAACAGCCGUACCCUGGAGGUUUCAACUUCAAAAACCACUAUACUCAAGUCGGUGGUGUAUCGUUGAAUAUUGUUUGA